ACCCAACCGAUGCGCACACACACGCACACCUGCUGAAAUAUACAAUUACCUGUUGAGAGUGAUAAAUACAGACACCUAAGAAACAGACAUACACAAACCUGUUGAGAACGAUACAGGCACACACACUCGUUGAGAGAAACACAGAGGCUUAGCCUGGCACCCGUUAAGAGAGACAGAGACACUCAAACAUUCACAGAGAUCAAAGCAAAGAAGUCAUGACCACGUCGUCUCCGUACCCAAGUAUGCCGCUUCCGUUCAUCAUGACAGACGACACCGGGAGAUUCUACAUCAACGAGGACACGGCGCAGGUUCUGGGGAAAAUCAAGAAGCCCGUGGUGGUGGUGGCGAUAGCCGGGAAAUAUCGAACCGGAAAAUCCUUUCUCAUGAACCGACUCGCAAAAGCAGUGAAACCUGUCUUAAAGCUGGACAUGCAUCCCAAGUUUGCGAUUAAGAGGUCAGAAGGAGAAUCAAGCCUACAUCAUAGUAAAGAACCAGAUGGAGAGGAAUUAACCAAUGUGAGGAACAUGGUCAAGCGCUGGGCAAUGAUUGGACCUGGGAAAUUUGAGCAGACGGAACCAAAUGCCAGACCUGCACUUCCCACACCCCGGCGGUCCAGAGGCUUCUCACUGGGUAAUACAGUGCAGUCCCACACCAAGGGUAUCUGGAUCUGGCCAGUCCGUCACCCCCGCGACGAGAGGAAAUGUCUGCUGCUGCUGGACACAGAGGGGCUGGGCGAUGUGGAGAAGGCCAAUGGGGAGCAUGACAUCUGGUUGUUCGUCAUGGCCGUGCUGCUCUCAAACAUCCUGGUCUACAACACCGUGGGGACUCUGGACCACUCCGGCCUGGAGCAGCUACAGUAUGCAAAGGAUGUUGCGCAGUAUGUCAAAACAACGGUAGAAUCUCAUAAAGACAACCCAAAGGAUCUGGACAAGUACUUCCCAUCCCUCAUCGUCUGUGUACGCGACUUCAUGCUGACGUUGGAGUUGAAUGGAAAUCCUUGCACUGCUGACGACUACAUGGAGCAUUGCUUUAAAAUACGCAAGGCAGAGACACAACGUGGUCAAGAAGAAGCAAACAAGACAUUCAACAAGCAGCGCGACAUAAUGUGCCAAUAUUUUAAGAAGCGCAAGUGCUUCACGUUCCCCAUGCCAGUCAACCCAGAAGACUUAAGCAAGCUGGAGAACAUUCCAGAUAAAGAUCUCAAACCUGGCUUCCUUGAGGUUGCGAAUGAAUUCACAUCCCACAUCCACCAGGAGGUCAAGUACAAGAACAUUGAUGGAGUCAUCCUCACGGGACAGCUGUUCUUGCAGGUUGCAGGGAUGUACAUUGAGGCUCAGCGUUCUGGUGACAUGGUUUGCAUCGAGAACACACGGGUACAGGUGGUGCAGCUCGCCAACCUGCAGGUAGUGGAGGAUGCCAAGGAACUCUACCAGAAGGAGAUGGAAAGCAUCUUAGUCGACUUUCCACUAAAAACCUGUCAGCUCUACAAGCACCACGAGAAGUGUAUGGAGAAAGCUCUGGAUCUCUUCUACUGUCACGCUGUGCUCGAUUGGGAGCACACGCACGAGAAGGAGUUGCUGGAGCACAUGGAGAAAAUGUGUGUGAGUUUGGUGACACACAACAAGCAGCAAUCGCAGGAAAAGUGCAGAAUACGACUCAAAGAACUGUACUGGCUGGUAGAUGAGCAGUACCAGGACUUCAUGCAGCCUGGGGGCUUCAUGAAAUACCAGGCUAUGAUGAAGAAGAUUGAAGAGGAUUACUUUGAGACCACAGGGCUCGGAGACGAGAUGACGAAUAUGUACAAGGAAUUUCUGGAGCAGAAUAUGGAGAGUGGUAAGGCGAUCCUAAUGGUGGACAAGACGUUGACCAGCGUUCAACAGCAGAACAUGGAGUUCAAGCAGAAGGAAGCGAGAAUGGCACUGGAGCUAAAGACCAUGAAGGAGGCACAAGAAAACCAUGAGAAGGAGAUUUCGUACCUUCAAACUCAGCACCAGAGCUUUUUGAAGUUAUUCGGCAAGCAUAUGGAUGUGAUCAAGACACACACGGAUGAAAACAUCGAAGACAUAGAGCAGAACCACGAGGAGAAGAUGGACAAAAAUAAAAAAUGCAUCAUCAGCUAAGCGUGGUUGGUGAAGAUGCAAUUAUGCUGCAGGUCAAAUGUGAAACAUAUGAACACCAUCACCCAUCAUUCGCCAAUAAUCAUUAUCAACCACGAUCAAUCCAUGUUGGUUGAUAUUACUGACCAGUGUGGUGAAGAAUGGCAAAACAACCCACGUGAAUAAAACAUGAGGAGCACUUCAUCCAGCAGUGAAAUUACAAGAGGCUGAACAUUUUUUUCAUUCAUCAUCAGCCAUGAUAAAUCCACUGUUGAAUGGAAUUGUUUAUGAACAUUCGGCAUCUCCCACAGUCUUGUAACCAGUAAUAUGUACUGCACAUUUUCAGAUGAACAUAAUUCAUUAUAAUAAAAUGAUUAGAUUAACCCUGAUCUUCCCUUCACACUUGGAGGGGGCGGGGUCGCACUUCGACGUCACAGUGUUAGAUGUACAACUUCCGAUUUACUAUUCGGCUUCGAGAGGCCCACACAGUCGGAUUUUCCUCGGGCCUCGCACUCCCCUAUGGACGGCCCUGAAAAGUACUGCCCAUAGCCUCACCACUGCCUAAAGACUCAACACUGCCCAUAUACGCAACACUGCCCAUAGACUCGACACUACCCAUGCACUCAACACUGCCCAUAGACUCACAGCAGAGCCGUCUCUAGAGUACGGCAAAUCGGGGUGACGGCUCCAGGCCCUGUGUUUUAUGGUGUCUGGGUGCCCACAGUGGGAUUUUCUCCAGGCCCCACACCCUCCGAUGGACGACUCUGCCCAGAGGAUCUCAAUGUGUACGGCUCCUCAUCCUGCCACAACUAUCCCUUCCGUAUCUCUCGAACACUUAACUGGUUCCCACUCAAUUUAUAUAUUGAGCAAAUUUACAUGAUAAAUACGCUUAUUCCCACUUAACUGCACGGUAUAGUUUGCCUCUCAAAUAUUUUUUUAAUACAUUCAAUAAGUACCAAGUAUGUACAACUUUAUCCAUAUCGUUGACAUAAAUUGGUUACUCUAAAGCUCAGUGUCACUCGAAAGCCAACGGAAAAGAGGCAUAGGGCCUUUAAGAAAGAUGUGUAUCUUAAAGUAAGUGGUGGUGCCGUUACCAAAUAUGUGGACGUUUAAAAAGAGGUGGGCCUUCAAGAAAGGGAUUGGGCCUUCAAGAGGUGGCUAGUUGCAUAAUCACAUUGCAGGAUUAAGAGAGAUGGUGAUGGCUGGAGAUGCCUAGAUCCAGAAGUAGAUGGAUCUUGGCGGAAUAUGACUAUAUAACAUUCUUUAAAUUUAAUUUGCAUUAUAUUCUCCGUAACAUUUUUGUUAAAUUUCUUAUACCUUAUAUACUAUGAAACAUAAUCUAUAGCACUUAAUAUGCAUAAUAUAUUAAUAAAAAAUUCGAUUGCAUUUCAUACACAUUAUAUACUAUAUAAAUCCAGCCAUUUUUAAAUCCUUUAUAUUAAGUUCACUUGCUUGCUUGCUUGUGCGCUUACGACCGUGCAAAUCUUUCGGUCGUUUUUUAACCCACUUCCCGUGAUCCAAUCGAGCUGACAUUUUGCACACAGACUCGUUGUGUGUGACAAUUUAUUUUCGUGAAAACAAUUUCCAAAAUUUUCAACAUUUUAGAAAAAAAAUGUUUAUAUUUAAUUACCAAUUGCUUAAUGGUGGCAGGCAAUCAUCUGACCCAUAGGUGGCAGCCAUGUCAAGCCAGAGGACGAGAGGACUCUAGCCGCCACGCAUAUAAAGGAUUUAUAAUGAAAAACUUUGUUUUUACGGGUUAAUUUUUACUCUGCUCAGUUAGGUCUGACUUAGGCAGGCAUCUUUAGCACAAGAUAUAGUAAGUCAGAGGAAUGACCCAGAAAGGCAAAGUGACUGGCUUUCUGGAUUGCUCUUCUAAUUAGUUUGUUUGCUGUGUAGGUUUUAUCGAACGACGCAGAUUUGGUCAGAUCAUUGUGGCCUAACCCAAAUCAAUCAUGAAUGUAUAAUUUGACGCAGACAUAUGUGUCAAGGUGGGCAUUCUCGUUUAAUGCAGGCAAUACUUCAAUUGCAGGUGUUCCUCAAAGUUAUGUUUUGUUUAAACUCUUCGUUGACUUAGAUCUGAUAAUAUGCUCGUUCUAUUAAAAUCAAAUUAAUUCGGGUAAGCUAUGAAAGCAAUGUGAAACUAGUAUUUUACGCAAUGUGUAUCUCUGUAUUUGAUUGUUUGAAGGUGGCCGUUUGUUGAUUGAUUUUUGAAAAACUUUCAAAUUCUCUUGUUUGGU